UUGCCAAUAGUAAUGUCAUUAACAUCAUCUAUAAAAAGUGACUUUUCCUCUAAGCGCUUAUGGCGCAUAAAGCCAGAAGAAGAGUAUAUUUGGUCCAUGAGAUUCUUCAAGAAUACUGCAGAGAGAGAUGCAUUGGAUAGAAGAAAGUCUGAUUCGGAGAAUAUUGGAGAUGUGAGAGCUGCAAAAUCACAAAAGCAUAUUAAAAUAUUUGCUUCUUUUUUACCUGAUGAAGCGCUCAUGGACAUUUAUGAUUAUACACCCAGAGAAAUAGAAUGUUGCCUUUUAUAUGCUAAGAUUGUAGGAAUGCAUUGUCUUAUCGAGAGGCAUAUCAAGAUGAAGGCCGAUUUCAAACUCAAGCUCACCGAUCAGUUGAAUUCAUUUUUCGGGGCAAUGGUUCAGGAAAUUCUCUCCAAUGGUGGUGAUAUAAUCAGAUUUUCCCCGACAGCUCUGGUUGUGAUAUGGAAAUGCACAAGGGAAAAUUACAUAACACAAAACGUUCAUAUGGCCAUAGAUUGUGCUUUAGUUAUAAGGAAGCAUUACGGAAAAUUCAUACUGGAAAGUGGAGAAAAAUUGAGAGUGGAUUUCGCUGUUACUGCCGGUCCUAUGUAUUUCAGCUUCCUCGGCAACGACGAGUUCACCAAGUUCAUUCUUUUUGGAACUGUUUAUGAAGAAGUGAGAAAGACGAGGAAGGCUGUGACAGUAAAUAAUAUUAUUGUAUCACCUAGCGCGAUGCAAUUCAUUCAUACAUUUGAAUACAGUUUAGAGCCACUGGGCGAUGUUCCAUACUAUCAGGUUGUUGGUCUGACAAAACUUUGGAAACAGGUUCGAAGAAAUGAAUAUCACGAUAGUUCAGCCCACUAUUUGGAAAUGGUGAAUCCAAGUUUCAUUACAAUAAAUACUGUCAAUACAAGUAUGACCAGACAAGACAGUCUUAAUAAUGAAUUUUGUCUGAGACCAUCGAUACAAGAAGUCAUGGAAAACGGUGAGGUAUUUUUAGGAGAACUUAUGAAGUUUUUUCAGGAGGGUAUAAAAGAUGGUUUGCUAGCUGAUGAACCCAUAGAAAAUAUGCUUGAACUGAGGGAAAUUACGGUGAUAACAAUAAUGGUUGGUACAUCCAUUGCUAAGUAUCUGAAGAAGUGGAAAGCAACGGUGGAAAUAUUGAAGAUUGUGCAUAGAUUUUCAUCGCAAUAUAAAGCUUACAUAAAUUACGUUUCGAUCUUGGAAAAUGUGACAAUGAUAAAUGUUACUUUUGGAUUGAAGGGCGCUGCACAUGUGAUGCAACAACGUUCCGCAUUGAAUUGUUCAUUUGAAAUUAUGAACAUUCUGAAGGACUACCCUAAAGUUACUUCGGUGACCAUUGGCAUCGGCACAGGUAGAGCUUACUUCACAGUAAUAGGUCAUAGUUUGCGCCAAGAUCUAACUAUUUUUGGUAGGACUGUUUUGGAGUCUAUAGGUUUGUCUCUAGCUUAUAGCGAUAAAAUCGUCUGCGAUCAAGAUACCUUCAUACAAAGCAAAAUGAACCCGUCUUGCUUUUCUAUAGUGAAGGAAAAAGCUAAAGAAUCGGAAAAUAUUCCAGAAGGAUUGAUUUAUGAACUUGUUUCGAGUGAAAGGAGUCUUUUCGAAGAUCCUACAAUAGAUUCAAAACCUAUACUAAGUCGAGAUAAAGAGAUAUCAAUUUGCGAGAACAUCUACAAGAAAUUCUUCAAAAAUCUGGAGAAUAAGGAAAACUUAGCGGGUACAAUCAAUGCAGUUUAUAUAAGAGGGUAUCCAAAGGAAGGAAAAAGCAGACUACUCCAUGAGUUGAUUGUGAGAGCACCCACCCACCUUAGAGUUCAUUUCAUUCCGAUGCUUUAUAGUGAAGUAGAUAUCCCCUUCUACUUUGUACGAAAACUUUUUUCGAUUGCUUUUCAUCUAAACUUAAAUUGUUCUGAAGUAUCAAUAGAAAAGAGACAGAAACAGCUGGAAAAUCUCCUCAACGAUUUUCCACAGAAAAAUCUAUGGUCGAUCAACCAUGUGUUCAACGUCAAUUUUCCAGAGACUGAUGAAUUCUGGCCUUUCACUUUGGAAGAAAAAUCUCUGAUUACUUCACAAGUUUUGCAACAUUUAUGUUGCAAGGCAUUUCCUGACCCUUCGAUAAUAACGGUUGAUGACGCUGAUUAUGUAGAUGUAGAGUCUUGGGAAUUAUUGGAACCUCUGCUGCAGACAAAAACUUUUUUCUUGAUUCUGACUAAAAAUAGAGAUUAUUCAUUGCAUGGCUCCAGAACUGGUUUGUUUGCAAAAAGUUCUUCAGUGAGAAGAAUCAAAUUAGAAGCUUUAUCACCGAACUAUAUUAGUGGAUUGGUUUGUCAGCACCUUGGAGUUUUCGCUAUACCGGAAGACUUGGAAUAUCUUCUGCAGAAGAAAGCUAAUGGAAAUGUCGGUUACGUAAAGAGUUUACUUACAAAUCUAGAACAAAGAAAAUUCUUUGAAAAAACUGAGUGCUCAUAUAAAGAUAUAGUAAAGGAGAAACUUAUUGCCCCAUCAUUGAAUUUAAUAUUACCCAUGUCAGAAAAUCAGAAGGAAGAAUUGAUGGUUUUUAUUGUGAAAAAAGGAGAUUAUGAUAAGAAUGAGUUCAAAAGAAUCCUCUGGUUUUUAUUUGUUGAGAACUUCCAGAAUGAACACUUUUAUUUCAUGAGGGAAAAGAUUUAUGAAAUCUUUUUGAACACAGAUAAGAUAAAAGUUUGUACUUUGAAGAAAGAAUUAGAUAUGUACCAAAUACCUGAAGAAUUAACCAAUAAUAUCCAUAUAACCCAAUUGUUUGAGAUGUUAUCCUAUCCAGAACAAAUGAUCCUGAAAUCCUGUUCAACAUUGGGCGAUGCAUUUCCACGAAAGCUGUUAGAACAUGUUCUUUCAUUGGACUAUUAUAGUCUACUCGCUCCAGCUGUCAAAUCAUUUUUUGAAGCAGGAAUCCUCUGCUGUGGUCAAGGAGAUUUCUUAGACGGAGCGCAAUUUGCAGUUUCUCGAGAAAAAUGUGUGGAUCCACGUUAUAACGACGUUCUGGUGUGCAAAUGCCGAGGAAUUUUCAUCUCAGAUCGCAGCAGAACUCUUCCAGAAUACGCCUAUUGUGGUCUUCUGCGAUUUCGAUAUUCACGUUUCAGAGAUCACAUUUACGACCAACUCAGGGAAUCUCAGAAAAUUGAUAUUCAUUCCAAGGUCAUCAUUUACCUUCAUGAAGAAACUAAGAGAUGCCGGUCAUGUGGAAGAGAUUCGUUCGUUUGGGAUAGUCAUAUGAGACGCUUAGACGAUUAUGCAGAUAAAAGUAAAAAAAAAAAGAAAAAAGAAAGAAGUUCGCGCACGUUGGCGAAUAAAAUGGAUAUGGAUAUUGAUCCUAACUACACUACAAUGCAUCAAAUAUUCUUUGACUAUGAUAUACCGUUCUACUCAAAAUUUUCCACUGCAAGAUCAACUCAAACAGGAAGCCACCUUGAUAUUAGCAUUGACUUAUCGUACAGAGAGCAGGAUAUGCAAAUAGAUUCACGCUUGUUAGACAAGAAAAAGAUAUUUGGUCCAAUGAGGAUUUCUAAAUGUAGGAUGGACCUCAAUUUAGUAAGGACUUUUGCCAAUUCAGAUUUCACCUACUGCGACUGUCAACAAAUUCUGAGUUUUUAUCAUAAAGAAAUGAUGGUUCAUUGUAAAGGAGCAGGUCAAUUCAUGAAACUAUUGGACCACAUGCAACAAUAUGCAUAUUUAUGUAUAUCGAAUAUGAACAUCUCCGAAGCCCAACAUGUUCUGAAGCAAGCUUUAGUAAUCAUCGAAGAUUUAUACGAAUUAGAGAAACCUCCACCUAAAUGGCGAAAAAAACUUCUUGAAGCGAAAAUUUUAACUAUAUCUGCGAAAGCUUACAAAGAGCUUGGUCUGCUUGUUGAUUCUCAAGACCAAUUGAGAAUUGCGAUGGAAAAAUAUGGUUUGAAAUAUACUAAAAAUAAAUUUAAACGAGCUAUCGGAUUAACCAAGGUGAAGCUUGAGAAAUGGUUAACAUUUUAUGCUUUUCCUGAGUUACAUACGAAGAAGUUGAGCCUGAGCAUUUGUCAAUAUUACAAUGAUAUAGCAGAAGCACUCAAUAUGUAUGCAGAAGUACUAAUGGCAGCUGGAAGAUGGAAAGCAGCUGAAUUCAUCGCCGUCAAAGCCUUAUACAGAGCCUUGAAUGCUCAAACGAGUUUUGUCAGGAUAUGUGAUUGUUUUUCCACUCUGCUUUCCAUAGUUAUACUAAUGAAAAAACGUAAUAUUUGUAUAGCACUUGAGGUUCACGCAUUGAGAUAUUGCUAUCGUAAAACCAAUAGAGUUGAAAGUUCAGAAUUAUCAGCAGUUUGUAGAUUGUACUUGACAAUUUUCACAGGAAAAUUGAUAAGAUCUGAAUUAGAUUAUGGUAUACAUAUGGGUUACAUUAUAGUCCGCAUGGCUGCAUCCCUCAAUGAUACAGAAACAUUAUUGUUGAUAUCAUCCAACUUAGUAACUGUACUUUUGGGAAAACUUUUCCUACAGGAAGCUGCCAGUCUUCUCCUGGAGCUGGAAUUCUGUUCGGAUAAUAUUGAUGAUACACCAGCGCAAGUUUGGUUUCAUUCGCAAUCGCUUCUAUUCCACAUGGAAGUUGGAUAUUGCAUAGUGCCAUAUCAGCAGUGUUUGAGUUUCCUUGAAAUACAAGCUAUCGAAAAUAUAGACCUCAAAAAUGACGAUGCAACUAAACGACUGACGGUUUUGAUGUGGCUGUGGUGUGUUCGAAAUGAGCAUUGGGAAAGAGCUUCGAGAUUUGUUCACUAUGUGACAUAUUGUCUCAAUAAUUUGGCACCCAUAACCAUACGGACGGUACUUUCUGUGAUAUAUAUACUAGAAGGAUUCUUGUUGCUUUUAGUGCAUAAGUUGAAUCGGAGUAAUCUAAAAGAAGCGAGAAAAUAUCACGAUGUGAUAGUUCAGCUUAUGAAGUUCAUAGAUUUUGAGACCAAGUUCAUGGAAGUUCACAAAGCGAAAUUGUAUGGACUGAAAGCAUAUUAUUAUCGUAUAAGAAAUCAAGAAAAGUUGGCUCAAAAGUACCUGGAUAAAAGUUAUGCAGCAUCUAAAAAAUGUGGAAUACUUUUAAUGGAAGAAUGGACCAAGCAUACUAGAAAAGCUUGGAAUAAUGAGUUACCGAAGAAAAAAAUGGAUUUUUGGAAAGAUCAUUGUGAAGAAAACAACUUAGUUUUUUAUCAGGAGUUCGAUAUGAAUACUGAUGAUAUUGGAUUUUUUACUUUACCUACUCCUUUAUAUGUAUAGAUUCAUUGCUUGUUAACUGUUAAUAUUAAAUUACGAAAGUUUCUAUUA